AUGUCGUACGAAAAUCUUUUGGAGCAAUUAAAGGCUCACGGUCAAGAGCACCUCAUCAAAUAUUGGCCGGAACUAAGCGAAAAUGAGCGGGAACAACUCGCAGCCGAAAUCCGAAAGCUAGAUUUGGAAGAAAUGAACGAAUUAUUUCGGCGCGCGAUGGACACUACAAAAGUUAUUCUAGAAAAAUUAGACGAAGACUUGAAACCCAUACCGCAGACCCACUACGAAUCUGUACCUGGACUGUCCGAAGCUAAAAUCGAGGAGUACGAAAACAUAGGAUUCGGUGAGAUAUCUGAGGGCAAAGUUGGUGUUUUGCUUUUAGCUGGUGGUCAAGCGACAAGAUUGGGUUUCGGUCAUCCCAAAGGAAUGUACGAUGUUGGCUUACCAUCUCAUAAAACUCUAUUCCAAAUCCAAGCGGAAAGGAUUCUUCGAGUAGAACAGAUGGCUGAAGAAAGGACCGGAAAAGAAGGUAAAAUAACUUGGUACAUUAUGACUUCUGAGCACACAAAAGCACCUACCGCGGAUUUCUUUAGAAGUCACAACUACUUUGGUUUAAAUAAAGAAAAUAUAAUAUUCUUUGAACAGGGAAGACUGCCAUGUUUUGAUUUUGAUGGUAAAAUGUUUUUGGAUGAGAAACAUCAUUUAUCAUCAGCUCCUGAUGGCAAUGGAGGUAUUUACAGAGCUCUGAAGAGUCAGGGAGUCCUAAAUGAUAUUGUUAAAAGAGGUAUCCAACACUUACAUGCACACUCGGUAGAUAAUAUCUUAAUUAAAGUGGCUGAUCCUGUUUUCAUUGGAUAUUGUAAGAGUAAGAAUGCUGAUUGUGCUGCUAAAGUUGUAAGAAAAUCAUCACCGAGUGAACCAGUUGGUGUUGUGUGUAGAGUCAAUGGAUAUUACAAAGUGGUUGAGUACUCCGAACUAACUGAUGAAGCAGCAGAAAGAAGGAAUCCAGAUGGACGUCUCACAUUUUCCGCUGGAAACAUCUGCAACCACUACUUUUCAUCAGAAUUCUUGUUAAAAAUAUGUGAUUAUGAAUCAAAACUAAAAUUGCAUGUAGCUAAAAAGAAGAUACCAUAUGUAGAUGAAAAUGGUGUCCGUCAAAAACCAUCUGAUCCUAAUGGUAUUAAAAUGGAAAAAUUCAUUUUUGAUGUGUUCGAGUUUGCAGAGAACUUUAUAUGUUUAGAAGUAGCGAGAGAUGUAGAGUUUUCGGCUUUAAAAAAUGCUGAUUCAGCUAAAAAAGACUGCCCAUCCACUGCUAGGCAAGAUUUACUGGAACUACACAGAAAAUAUAUAAGAGACGCUGGAGGUAUCAUAGAAGAUAAUGUUGAUGUCGAAAUUUCUCCAUUGCUCUCAUACGGAGGUGAAAAUUUAAAAGACUUAGUUGAAAAUGAAGUUUUCACCAUUUCCCCAUUCCAUUUGAAAAGUAUGCAUGAAUCUAUUACAAAUGGUGUAAAUGGUAAUCAU